AUGAUUGGAAGGCCAAAGCCAAGAAUGGACGACAGAGUUUUUAGAGAUGGUUCUGAAGAAGCCAGUGAUGAUGCUGAUGUCAGUGCUCUACCCUCGCCACUCGAAAGCCCUGGCACACACUGGAGAGAAAGCCAGGCAUUAGAAAACAAUUUCCAAGAAAUUCUAUCUGUAACAAAACAAAUAGAUGUUCUCAAAGCAUUACUAACAGAAAUGAAGGAUGGUAUGUACAAUCAUAGCUGGACUGGGGACCCUGUGGAGGAACAAGAGAGCAAUGAUACUCUUGAUGAGGAAAUGUCAAACUUAGUAAAUUAUGUACUUAAAAAGUUGAGAGAGGAUCAAGUCCAGAAGGCUGAUUAUGCCCUAAAGUCUGCUGGAGCUUCCAUCAUUGAAGCUGGGACUUCGGAAAGUUACAAAAAUGAUAAGGCAAAAUUGUAUUGGCAUGGUAUUGGGUUCUUAAAUUAUGAAAUGCCUCCAGAUAUUAUUCUUCAGCCAGAUGUUCAUCCUGGGAAGUGCUGGGCUUUUCCAGGCUCCCAGGGUCAUGUCCUCAUCAAGCUUGCGGAGAAGAUAGUCCCUACUGCUGUUACCAUGGAGCACAUCUCUGAGAAAGUCUCUCCCUCAGGAAACAUCUCUAGUGCACCCAAGGAAUUUUCUGUCUAUGGUGUCUCAAAAGAAUGUAAAGGAGAAGAAAUUUUUCUAGGCCAGUUUGUAUAUAACAAACAAGAAACUACUGUUCAAACAUUUGAGCUCCAGCAUGCAGUUUCUGAAACUUUGUCAUGUGUGAAACUGAAAAUCCUCAGUAAUUGGGGUCACCCAAAAUAUACCUGUUUAUAUCGAUUCAGGGUUCAUGGCAGCCCAGGAAAUUCCACAUAA